AUGGGGCUCAUCAUCACAGAGAUUGGAACGCAUACUCUGCGCAAAGGUGUGGCCACUGCUCUGACAAAUACGCCAGGCGGUCUUCAGGCAGUGUCGGUUUGGCUCCGCGCUGGAUGGAACCUGGGUGGAGUCCAGGGUCGAUACAUUUUCGCUGGCUCGGGUGGUGAUCAAUUUGUACGAGGAGCAUCCGCAGGUCUCAACGUCAAUGAUGCUUCGUUUGCUACACUGCCCCCUCACUUCCAUGGCCCGGUGUUGAGUGUGGAGCAAUGGAAAUGUAUCGUGCCCGGCUAUGACAGCCAUUAUCCGCCAACGUUUCGUCUGCUGGUCGACCUGGUGUUGCUUGGUGUCAUGUGGAAUCCUGUGUCGAAAAUGAUGUCCACCGGAAUCCCCCCCCAUGUUGCCCAAUCCGACAAAAUUCAGACGCUGGAGAACGAAGUCAAAAUGCUGGGCUCGACCAUACAGCAGAAAUUGGACGAAAUGCCUGUGAUUGUGGCCGGUGAGCUCAUGGCACAGGGUGGAAUGAGUGGAAGCUCUCAGCUGACAACCAGUGCAUUCCAUCAAGUGCUCUCUCAGCUCCGUGAGAGCAUUCUCCGUGAUUUGCAAAAGCCCCGAUUGAGCGUCGAUCCCAUGGUCCCUGCCGAGUCAAGUACGACGACAGAUGCCUCCUCCACACCGGACUCUGCCGAAUUCCUGGCGUGCUACAAAAAAAUUGCCGUGUCUGUGGGCAUCCCUACAAGCAACGACGAAUGGGAAGCGCGGCGCAUGGACGAAAUGAGCUACCUCACGUUGUAUCGGUCGUUUUCCACGUCCUCUGUGCCGCCGUGA